GGGAAAUUCCAGAUCCAUCUCGCUUGACACUCGCGCCCAAGCUGCUGCCUGGUUUAGCCCCGCCAGUGUCAGCGAGAGCGAAAGAGAGCGGCGCUUAUCAAGCACGGUUUGAAGGGAAAGAAGCAGGCACAGUGUGUGCCAGUGUGUGCCGUGGACCGGAGUACCGGGCCCGUUUGCCGACGCAGCCAGCGCAAGUUCUGUGCCGAUUGUCGCGCGAACCGGACGUGCCUGCCCCGUUUGAAUAGCCCGGAAGUAGCCGGAAUUUGGAGCGAAGAAGUUCUUGUCGUGUGGUGCGCGAUUAGUGUAAGUGUGCUGGCGUGUGUGGUCCGGUGGUAGCAGUUGCAGUUGCGCUAUAACAGAAAGUGUAUAACGUGAGUGGUAGUGGUGUAUCUGUGUGUGUGCGGUGAUACGAAGCGUCUACUCUAGGAAGUGAUCCUGCACAGCACGCGUUUAGGUUGGAAUCCGAGCAGGAUUCUUGGGUUGUUGAAGAGAUCGUGCUAAAACUAGAACGUACACGGGAGCGUACGUAACCCAGCCGCAAGAUAGUUGCCAACAGUCAGCAGUUAUAUAUGAUGACGAUGGACGUCACGAAGCCGGAGCUUCCCCCGGCUGCGGCUGGUAUGGGUGGAGGUGGUGGUAAUACCGGCAGCAUGUCACUCGGUGGACUCGUCCCAACCGGUCCCCAGCAGCAGCAGCAGCAACAACAACAACAACAACAGUCCCAGCAGCCACAGUCUCAGCAACAAUCCAACCAAUCCGUCGUGGGUGGCGGACCGGUAGGUGGCGGCGGUGGUGGUGGUGGGCCACCCCACCCUCAGCAGCAGCUCUGUGCGGGGUGUGGCAAGCACAUCCAGGAUCGGUUCCUGCUCCGUGCACUCGAUCUGCUGUGGCACGAGGAUUGCCUCAAGUGUGGCUGCUGCGACUGCCGGCUCGGCGAGGUGGGCUCCACGCUCUACACCAAGGGUAACCUGAUGCUGUGCAAGCGUGACUACCUGCGACUGUUCGGCAACACGGGCUUCUGUGCCGCGUGCAACAAGGUAAUUCCGGCGUUCGAGAUGGUGAUGCGUGCCCGGAACAACGUCUACCAUCUGGAGUGCUUCGCUUGUCAGCAGUGUAACCAUCGGUUCUGCGUCGGCGACAAGUUCUACCUGUGCGAGAAUAAGAUCCUGUGCGAGUACGACUACGAGGAGCGGCUAGUGUUCGCGUCGAUGGCCAACCAUCCGAUGCUGAAGCGGCAGAUCUCGCAGGGUGGCGGCGGCGGACCUGUAAUGCAAAAUGGCCAUGGUGGUGGUGGCGGCGGCGGCGGCGGUGGUGCUGGUGGCGGUAAUGGUGGACCACCGAUGCAAGGACAGGGCAUGGUGGGUGGCGGAGGAGGAGGUGGUGGAGGAGGUAUGCCAUCGCCACAGCAGAACGGGCCGGCCAAUGGGAAUCUGAUGGGGCUGGUCGGCCAGCGCAACGCGGGAGCAGGUGGUGGCGGUGCUGGAACGGGCGGUGGAGGAGGUGGUGGCGGGGCUGGAGGUGGACCCGGGGUUGGUGGUGGUGGUGGCGAUCACAACAACAACAGCAGCAGCCUGUCCGCCGCACUUGCGGGCGGGCCGUCGCCGUUCGGUACGCCGGCCCAUAUCAAGGCGGCCCUCAGCACGGCCAGCUAAAUGAUGGUUCCUUAACGUAAGAGCGCACAGUGAGGUUGAAGGAGUUGAAGAAGGGAGAGAAUGAUAAUGAAAGAGAGCGAAGGAGAGAGAGGGAUGAAAUGAGAUGUGUGGAUGGUGAAAUAAGUAAGUUUUCAGUUGUUUAAGUUGCGUUUUAUAGUUUUUGUGAAAUGUAUGGGAUUUGGGUUGACGAGACGUCUAGAAUAAUGUUCAAGAAGCUCCCUCCUUACGUUGACAUCAAAAUAGGCUCGUUGCAUUGGAUAUGUCUUACAUGGCUAACAUUUUCUAAUAAUUUCAUUUUCUUACUAGGAAGCAAAAAAGAUUUCAAGCUUCAAGCCAAAAUUCCAUUUAUCUACAACGUAAUGAGUACUCCAAUCACAUGCAUACACUCACAUGUUCUCUUGAUCUACUCUCCCUUCGAUGGCUUUCUGGUUUCUUCCAAAAAAACUCCUAUUACCAACGAUCGGCAGCCAUCACUAGGUUAGUAGGAUGAAUUUGUGCCAAACUCCGCAAAAGUUCCAUUUGCCGAUUCGGGGGAAAAAAGGAAGAGCUCGAAAGUAUGAAGGUAACGCGUGGUAAUAGUAGUAAGUAGUCUCGGAACCAUCGGUGCGGAAGUUGGACGAAAGUUUUUGUUUUCUUCUGCGCUGUAUUUUCUAUUGUUUGAAUUUAUGUCAUUUUUUUGUUUCGUUUAUUUACUUAAAAAAAGAAAAAAAAUGUGUGAAUUCGAACUCCUUCUUGUUAACUAAUUAGUAACGUGGGUCGAGGCUUUAGUUAAGAUAUCGAUUUUCUGCCCGGCAAGAUUUUUCCGUUUUCCCUUAGCUCCCUCCAACGCUCUGCUGGCUGGCCGCGUCUCUAGCUCGUGUAAAUAUUAGGCUAUAUGUUACGAUUAAACGAAUUGUUUGUUAUGAAAUUGAUUUGCAACGAAUGCUGGCCAACUAGCGGUGGGAGGAGGGGAGUGUGGGACGAAAUGAGAGGGGGGGAAAUUGCCACGAGAAAAUUAUUACAUUGUGACUGAUACACACAUACCAGUACAACGUCCAAGCGGUGCGCGUGCUGUGUUCGUCGCCAGUAGUAGCAGAAGCUACGAACAGAAAUGGUGCCGUGACCAGGAUUUCCUCUAUAACUUCCUUUCGUUGCUUGUCGAGCAGCUAGUGUUACAUGUAAUUUUCAUCUUGUUUUUGAACCUUUUUCUUCCAUUGAGUCCCCACUUGUUCGAUGUUAUUUAAUUUUUCAUUCCGGUUGACAUACACACCCACACUUAAAAACUUUUUGGUAACAAAAUUACGAAUUAACAAGCAAACUCUCUACUGAAGCUGUACAGUGCGGAGUGCUCAGUGUGGGAAUCAAAUUGCCGAGUGGGGGAAGGGAUACAUUUUGGAGCAAAAAAAACUGAAAACGAAAGACUCUGCUAUAAUGAAGCAAAUACGAAGUGCGUAAGAUGGUGGAGAAAGUGUUGAAAUAAAAUACGAAAAACAAAAACAAUGAUUGAAAAAACAAAAAUCAAAUGUCUAAAAAACUUAAUGGCCCAUGUUUAAUCAAAUAGUGAACGGUGAAAACACAAAACGAACUCGCACACGAUGUGUAACAUUCAGUUUGCUGAAUGUGUAACAUUCAGUUUGCUGAAUCCGGAGGCAAACGAAUCGA